AAUAUGAAUGGAAACACACAUCUACAAAUCCAUUACUAGUUUAUUGUGAUAUUAAUAUAAAUAACACAUAAAUCUAUCAAUCUUCAAAUCACACAAUAACUUUAGCAAAAAAAAUGGAACUUACAUGGUUUUGGCUUACGGUUAUAACCAUUUUAGCAGGUUCUUUAGUUUCGUUGGUGACGAGGAGGAAGAAGAAGAAGACGGGGAGAUUGCCUCCCUGUCCAAAAGGGAUCCCUAUUCUGGGACAUCUACACAUGCUGGGGGAGAAUCCUCACCAAGAUCUCCAGAGGAUUGCCAAAGACCACGGCCCCAUCAUGUACAUGCGAUUCGGGUUCGCUCCAAUCAUCGUCGUUUCAUCUCCUGAAGCAGCUGAGUUUUUCCUCAAGAAGCAUGACCUUGUUUUUGCUAGCAGACCACCUCAUGAGGGUUCUAAAAUUGCCUCAUGGGAUCAGAGGAACCUAACAUUUGCAGCUUACGGUCCGUAUUGGAGGAACAUGCGCAAGCUAUGCACCUUAGAGCUUCUCAGCACGCUAAAGAUCAAUUCUUUCCGACCUAUGAGAAGGGAAGAGCUUGCGCAUUUUGUUGAAUCCGUCCAGGAAGUAUCCCAACAACUCGUUGCUGUCGAUCUUAGUGCCAAGGUCUCGUCCCUGACCGCAGAGAUGAGCUGCAGAAUGGUGUUUGGCAAGAAAUUUGCCGACAAAGACAUAGAUGAGAGAGGCUUCAAAACUGUGAUCCAAGAAACGAUGAAACUAGCAGCAACUCCCAAUUUGGGUGAUUACUUUCCUUUCCUUGGACUCUUAGAUUUGCAAGGGCUGACAAGGAAGAUGAAGGCAAUUGCAAAAGUUUUUGAUGUUUUCUUUGAGAAAGUUAUAGAAGACCAUGUUCGAGCAGGGGAUCGUCCUGAGCAGGCCAAGGACAUUGUUGAUACCAUGAUGUCCAUAAUGCAAAGUGGAGAAUGUGAGUUUCAGUUCGACCGACGUAAUAUCAAGGCCAUUAUGAUGGACUUGCUCAUAGGUUCAAUGGACACGGCAGCAGCAUCAGUUGAGUGGAUACUCUCCGAACUGUUGAGAAAUCCAACAGUUAUGAAGAAAGUACAGAAAGAGUUGGAACAAGUUGUGGGAUUGAAGAGGAUGGUUGAGGAGUCUGACCUCGACCAGCUCGAAUAUCUCGACAUGGUUGUGAAGGAAACCUUUAGGCUGCAUCCAGUUGGUCCACUGUUGAUUCCUCACUAUUCCAGGGAAGACAGCAAGGUUAAUGGCUAUGACAUACCGAAAGGUUCAAGAAUACUCAUCAACACAUACGCAAUUGGGCGCGAUCCAAAUGUAUGGAGUGAUCCGGAGAUGUUCAUUCCAGAAAGGUUCAUUGGCAGUGACAUUGAUGUUAAGGGACAGCAUUUCCAGCUCCUCCCAUUUGGGUCUGGGAGGAGAAGUUGCCCCGGAAUGCAACUGGGACUCAUCCAAGUUCGACUGAUCGUGUCACAUUUAGUCCACUGCUUCGAUUGGCAGCUGCCAAAUGAUAUGUCGCCAACGGACCUGGACAUGAAUGAGGAAUUUGGCCUUGUUGUUUCAAGGGCCAAUCAUCUCAUGGCAAUCCCUACCUUUCGGUUGCAUACCUAGCUUUUGAAGCAAACUUGUAAAAAUUUGCUUCCUCAAAACAAUCUAAUUUAUGGAAGCAAAGUAAGACAUGCGAAAUACUAUGUACUCACAGGCAGGCUAUGUGAUAUCAAAAUUAUUUUAUAGUCAA